ACUUUACAACACAGAAACAUUACUUUCAUAUUUUUGUUGAAUUUCAAUAUUAUGGAGCAAGCCGCAGAAUACAACUUUAGCAAAAUGCUGUAUCUUAAAAACAAAGCAACAAAGCUAGAUGUGGCAAAUUACACCGUGAUCAUACCUAGCAUCUGUGUGGGCAAUGCAGCGCAAUUAGCCUGCGACCUGUUGAUUGCAUCGAAGAAGUUGAAACGCAUUGGUAACCUAUCUCAUUCAGCUUUGAUCCCUGUCUAUGGGCCGUCAGCAUACCAGCACGAACCAAAUGAAUUUGUCUCAUCGUGUGAGUUGUAUGAAUCAGUCGAGGAUAAGCUGCUGGUUAUACAAUUCCGUACACCACUCAUUGCACGACACACAAAAACUUUCCAAAUUAAUUUAGUGGAACUGCUUCAAGCUGCACGUCGUGUUAUCAUAUUGAGCGGCAGCUUUGGCUUCGAGCGACGUUUUAUUGAUGAUUCACCAUGGGCUUACCGUGCCAGUGAUAACUUUAAGGCAGCACAUGCCGCACAGCUGGAUGGUAAGACGUCGCUGGUGAAGUGGAAGGAGCACACUGGCGAACAUAUAUUUGGCGGAGGUAAUGCCUUGCAGUUAUUCCAAGCAUUUAAGGAGAAACAGGUGCCGGUCAUGCUGCUCUUCCGCUAUUUACUCGAGGGCGAUAAUUCUACGGAUGCGUCACUGAUUGUGCGCGAGUUGAAUGAGCUUUGCGAAGAUUUUUUGCAGUUACAUGAUGGCGGCGACGGAAGCUUCAAGUUAACCGUACCCAAGUCCUGGAAUUUGUUGUUCGGGAACGAAGUAACCGAACUAUUAUUUUAAUUAUGAAAUAUCAUU